AUGCAUUUGAGACUAGAGCUUCUUGAAGGGGUGGUGGCAUUUCAUACUGGCCAGUUGGAAAAAUCAAAGCAAGCAUUAGCUUCUGCAAGGGAAAAGUUUGUUCAGCUGCAAGUGCCAGAUGAAGCCUUAUCACUUGUUCUGUUGCAUUCUACAGGUCUAUUCACCUAUCAGCACAGGACAUACGCAGAAGCCAUCAAGAAAGUGAUUGCACAAUCCAUUGCAAGUUAA